UUACAGCAUCGUGCUAAGCGGCGGGCGCUACUCGAACAUGGCGCCUCGGAUAUAGUUGUAGCUUCAUGUAGCAGGCGACAUCCAUGUGCCUCAUGCCUUGGAAAUCUAAGGCUCUCAUCGUUGGCCGCAUAGACAAUGACAGAAGAUUCCGACUCGAUAUCUGAGGAAGAACGCAGUUUGUUCCGUCCCUUUACCCGCGAAUCAUUGGUGCAAAUUGAACAACGCAUUGCCGCUGAACAUGAAAAGCAAAAGGAGCUGGAAAGAAAGAGAGCCGAGGGAGAGGUGCCGCAAUAUGGUCGCAAGAAAAAACAAAAAGAAAUCCGAUAUGAUGACGAGGACGAGGAUGAAGGUCCACAACCGGAUCCUACACUUGAACAGGGUGUGCCAAUACCUGUUCGAUUGCAGGGCAGCUUCCCGCCGGAAUUGGCCUCCACUCCUCUCGAGGAUAUCGAUCCAUACUACAGCAAUGUACUGACAUUCGUAGUUGUAAGCAAGGGAAAAGAUAUUUUUCGCUUUUCUGCAUCAAAAGCAAUGUGGCUGCUCGAUCCAUUCAAUCCGAUACGUCGUGUGGCCAUUUACAUUUUAGUGCAUCCAUUAUUUUCGUUAUUUAUCAUUACCACCAUUCUCGUGAACUGCAUUUUGAUGAUAAUGCCGACAACGCCCACGGUCGAGUCCACUGAGGUGAUAUUCACCGGAAUCUACACAUUUGAAUCAGCUGUUAAAGUGAUGGCACGAGGUUUCAUUUUAUGCCCGUUUACGUAUCUUAGAGAUGCAUGGAAUUGGCUGGACUUCGUAGUAAUAGCUUUAGCUUAUGUGACCAUGGGUAUAGAUUUAGGUAAUCUUGCAGCCUUGCGAACGUUUAGGGUGCUGCGUGCGCUUAAGACCGUAGCCAUUGUUCCAGGCCUGAAAACCAUUGUCGGCGCCGUCAUUGAGUCUGUGAAAAAUCUGCGCGAUGUGAUAAUUUUGACAAUGUUCUCCCUCUCGGUGUUCGCACUGAUGGGUCUGCAAAUCUAUAUGGGCGUGCUGACACAGAAAUGCAUCAAGAAGUUCCCCCUCGAUGGCUCCUGGGGCAAUCUGACCGAUGAGAAUUGGGACUAUCACAAUCGCAAUAGCACCAAUUGGUAUUCCGAAGACGAGGGCAUAUCGUUUCCACUGUGCGGCAACAUUUCUGGCGCCGGACAAUGCGAUGACGACUAUGUGUGUCUGCAGGGGUUUGGACCGAAUCCAAACUAUGGCUAUACCAGUUUCGAUUCCUUUGGCUGGGCUUUUCUGUCUGCUUUCCGCUUGAUGACGCAGGACUUUUGGGAGGAUCUGUAUCAGCUGGUGUUGCGCGCCGCUGGACCAUGGCACAUGCUGUUCUUUAUAGUCAUCAUCUUCCUAGGUUCAUUCUAUCUUGUGAAUUUGAUUUUGGCCAUUGUUGCCAUGUCAUAUGACGAAUUGCAAAAGAAGGCCGAAGAAGAAGAGGCUGCCGAAGAGGAGGCGAUACGUGAGGCAGAAGAGGCGGCCGCUGCGAAAGCGGCCAAGCUGGAGGAGCGGGCCAAUGCCCAGGCGCAGGCGGCAGCCGAUGCAGCUGCCGCCGAGGAGGCGGCAUUGCAUCCUGAAAUGGCAAAGAGUCCAACGUACUCGUGCAUCAGCUACGAGCUGUUCGUGGGCGGUGAGAAGGGCAACGAUGACAACAACAAGGAGAAGAUGUCCAUACGUAGCGUCGAAGUGGAGUCGGAGUCGGUGAGCGUUAUACAAAGACAACCAGCACCUACCACAGCACACCAAGCUACCAAAGUUCGUAAAGUGAGCACGACAUCCUUAUCCUUACCUGGUUCACCGUUUAACAUACGCAGGGGAUCACGUAGUUCUCACAAGUACACGAUACGCAAUGGACGUGGCCGUUUCGGAAUACCCGGCAGCGAUCGCAAACCGCUCGUAUUGUCAACAUAUCAGGAUGCACAGCAGCACUUGCCCUAUGCCGAUGACUCGAACGCCGUGACGCCCAUGUCUGAGGAGAAUGGGGCCAUCAUAGUGCCAGUUUAUUAUGGCAAUCUAGGCUCUAGACACUCAUCAUAUACCUCACACCAAUCCCGUAUAUCGUAUACCUCACAUGGCGAUCUGCUCGGGGGCAUGGCCGUCAUGGGCGUCAGCACAAUGACCAAGGAGAGCAAGUUGCGGAAUCGCAAUACACGCAAUCAAUCAGUGGGCGCCACAAAUGGCGGCACCACCUGCCUGGACACCAAUCACAAGGUCGAGCAUCGCGAUUACGAAAUCGGCCUCGAGUGCACGGACGAAGCGGGCAAGAUCAAACAUCACGACAAUCCUUUUAUUGAGCCCGUCCAGACACAAACGGUGGUCGACAUGAAAGAUGUUAUGGUCCUGAAUGAUAUUAUUGAGCAAGCCGCUGGUCGGCAUAGUCGAGCUAGUGAUCGCGGUGUCUCCGUUUACUAUUUCCCAACAGAGGACGACGACGAGGAUGGGCCGACAUUCAAAGACAAGGCACUCGAAGUGAUACUCAAGGGCAUCGAUGUGUUUUGUGUGUGGGACUGCUGCUGGGUUUGGUUGAAAUUUCAGGAAUGGGUCUCGCUAAUCGUCUUCGAUCCCUUCGUUGAGCUCUUCAUCACGCUGUGCAUCGUUGUCAACACCAUGUUCAUGGCCAUGGAUCAUCACGACAUGAACAAGGAAAUGGAACGUGUGCUCAAGAGUGGCAACUAUUUCUUCACUGCAACGUUUGCGAUUGAGGCAACCAUGAAGCUGAUGGCCAUGAGUCCCAAAUACUAUUUCCAAGAGGGCUGGAACAUCUUCGAUUUCAUCAUUGUCGCCCUCUCACUGCUCGAGCUGGGCCUUGAGGGCGUCCAGGGUCUGUCUGUGUUGCGUUCUUUUCGUUUGCUGCGUGUAUUCAAAUUGGCCAAGUCUUGGCCAACACUUAAUUUACUCAUUUCGAUUAUGGGCCGCACCAUGGGCGCUUUGGGUAAUCUGACAUUUGUACUUUGCAUUAUCAUCUUCAUCUUUGCGGUGAUGGGAAUGCAACUGUUCGGAAAGAACUAUCAUGAUCAUAAAGAUCGUUUUCCGGAUGGCGAUCUGCCGCGCUGGAACUUCACCGACUUCAUGCACAGCUUCAUGAUCGUGUUCCGAGUACUGUGUGGCGAAUGGAUCGAGUCCAUGUGGGAUUGCAUGUACGUGGGCGAUGUCUCCUGUAUACCAUUCUUCUUGGCCACCGUUGUCAUCGGCAAUCUUGUGGUUCUUAACCUUUUCUUAGCCUUGCUUUUGUCAAAUUUUGGCUCAUCUAGUUUAUCAGCACCGACUGCCGACAAUGAUACGAACAAAAUAGCCGAGGCCUUUAAUCGAAUUGGCCGUUUUAAAAGUUGGGUUAAGCGUAAUAUUGCUGAUUGUUUCAAGUUAAUACGUAACAAAUUGACAAAUCAAAUAAGUGAUCAACCAUCAGAGCAUGGUGACAACGAGCUGGAGCUGGGACACGACGAGAUCCUCGCCGAUGGUCUCAUCAAGAAGGGCAUCAAGGAGCAAACACAGCUGGAGGUUGCCAUCGGUGAUGGCAUGGAGUUUACGAUACACGGCGACAUGAAAAACAACAAACCGAAGAAAUCGAAAUAUCUAAAUAAUGCAACGGACGACGACACUGCCAGCAUUAACUCAUAUGGUAGCCAUAAGAAUCGACCAUUCAAGGACGAGAGCCACAAGGGCAGCGCCGAAACGAUGGAAGGCGAGGAGAAGCGUGACGCCAGUAAAGAGGAUUUAGGUCUCGACGAGGAGCUCGACGAGGAGGGCGAAUGCGAGGAGGGCCCGCUCGACGGUGAUAUCAUAAUACAUGCUAACGACGAGGAUAUACUUGACGAGUAUCCAGCUGAUUGCUGCCCCGAUUCGUACUAUAAGAAAUUUCCAAUCUUAGCCGGUGACGAAGAUUCGCCGUUCUGGCAAGGAUGGGGCAAUUUACGACUGAAAACUUUUCAAUUAAUUGAAAAUAAAUAUUUUGAAACAGCUGUUAUCACUAUGAUUUUAAUGAGUAGCUUAGCUUUGGCUUUAGAAGAUGUACAUCUGCCACAAAGGCCCAUACUGCAGGAUAUUUUAUACUAUAUGGACAGAAUAUUUACGGUGAUAUUCUUCUUGGAGAUGUUAAUCAAGUGGUUGGCCCUCGGCUUCAAAGUGUACUUCACGAACGCGUGGUGCUGGCUUGAUUUCGUCAUUGUCAUGCUGUCGCUAAUCAAUUUGGCUGCGGUCUGGUCCGGAGCCGACGAUGUGCCCGCCUUCCGCUCGAUGCGGACCCUGCGCGCUUUGAGGCCAUUACGCGCCGUUUCGCGAUGGGAGGGCAUGAAAGUCGUCGUUAAUGCGCUGGUACAAGCUAUACCGUCCAUCUUCAAUGUGCUAUUGGUGUGUCUAAUAUUUUGGCUAAUUUUUGCCAUAAUGGGUGUACAGCUUUUUGCUGGAAAAUAUUUUAAGUGCGAAGACACUAAUGGAACGAAGCUCAGCCAUGAGAUCAUACCAAAUCGCAAUGCAUGCGAAAGCGAAAACUACACGUGGGUGAAUUCAGCAAUGAAUUUCGAUCAUGUAGGUAACGCGUAUCUGUGCCUUUUCCAAGUGGCCACCUUCAAAGGCUGGAUACAAAUAAUGAACGAUGCAAUCGAUUCACGAGAGGUGGACAAGCAGCCGAUUCGUGAAACGAACAUCUACAUGUAUUUAUAUUUCGUGUUCUUCAUCAUAUUUGGAUCAUUUUUCACACUCAAUCUGUUCAUUGGUGUUAUCAUUGAUAAUUUUAAUGAGCAAAAGAAAAAAGCAGGUGGAUCAUUAGAAAUGUUCAUGACAGAAGAUCAGAAAAAGUACUAUAAUGCUAUGAAAAAGAUGGGCUCUAAAAAACCAUUAAAAGCCAUUCCAAGACCAAGGUGGCGUCCACAAGCAAUAGUCUUUGAAAUAGUAACCGAUAAGAAAUUCGAUAUAAUCAUUAUGUUAUUCAUUGGUCUAAACAUGUUCACCAUGACACUCGAUCGUUACGAUGCGUCAGACACGUACAACGCGGUCCUUGACUAUCUCAAUGCGAUAUUCGUAGUUAUUUUCAGUUCCGAAUGUCUAUUAAAAAUAUUCGCUUUACGAUAUCACUAUUUUAUUGAGCCAUGGAAUUUAUUUGAUGUAGUAGUUGUCAUUUUAUCCAUCUUAGGUCUCGUACUUAGCGAUAUUAUCGAAAAAUACUUCGUCUCACCGACGCUGCUCCGUGUGGUGCGCGUGGCGAAAGUGGGUCGUGUGCUGCGUCUGGUCAAAGGCGCCAAGGGCAUACGAACUCUGCUGUUCGCGCUGGCGAUGUCGCUGCCGGCAUUGUUCAACAUUUGCCUGCUGCUCUUCCUCGUGAUGUUCAUCUUUGCGAUCUUCGGCAUGUCGUUCUUCAUGCACGUGAAGGAGAAGAGCGGCAUCAACGAUGUCUACAACUUCAAGACGUUUGGCCAGAGCAUGAUUCUGCUCUUUCAGAUGUCCACCUCAGCCGGUUGGGAUGGUGUACUCGACGCCAUUAUCAAUGAGGAAGCAUGCGAUCCACCCGACAACGACAAAGGCUAUCCGGGCAAUUGUGGUUCAGCGACCGUUGGAAUAACGUUUCUCCUCUCAUAUCUAGUUAUAAGCUUUUUGAUAGUUAUUAAUAUGUACAUUGCUGUCAUUCUUGAGAACUAUAGUCAGGCCACCGAGGAUGUGCAAGAGGGUCUCACCGACGACGAUUACGAUAUGUACUAUGAGAUCUGGCAGCAAUUCGAUCCCGAGGGCACACAAUACAUACGCUACGAUCAGUUGAGCGAAUUCUUGGAUGUGCUCGAGCCCCCGCUGCAGAUCCACAAGCCCAACAAGUACAAAAUCAUAUCGAUGGACAUACCCAUCUGUCGCGGUGAUCUCAUGUACUGUGUCGACAUACUCGACGCACUCACCAAAGACUUUUUCGCGCGCAAAGGCAAUCCCAUCGAGGAGACGGGCGAGAUCGGUGAAAUUGCCGCCCGACCCGACACCGAGGGCUACGAGCCCGUAUCCUCGACCCUCUGGCGCCAGCGAGAGGAGUACUGUGCCCGUCUCAUUCAGCAUGCGUGGCGCAAGCACAAGACGCGAGCCGAAGGCGGCGGUGGCGAUGAUGCUGAUCCCGAUGGCGAUGCACCUGAUGGUGAAGGAGGUGGAGGAGAAGAUGGCGCAGGAGGGGAUGCCACCAUCAAUGGUGAUGGUGAUCCCGGUGAUGGUGCUGCUGCUGCCAGUGGUAAUGGCGGUGGCGGUGGCGAAGGUGAUGAGAAUGCCGCCCACGAUGGGGGCGGAGGUGUUUACAAUGAUGAUCCAGAUGCCGCUGGCGAUGCGGCAGCAGCAGCAGCAGCAGCAAUCGAUGCCGCCGCUGGCGAUGAGCCCCAGAAGAGCAAUGUAAAUAGUCCAACGGAAGGUGGCGGCGGCAGUGGCGGCGGUGGCGGCAGUCCCGGUGGCCAGAGCGCCGGCAGUGGCGGCAGCGCCGGUCGCCAGACGGCCGUUCUCGUCGAGAGCGAUGGUUUUGUGACAAAAAACGGCCACAAGGUUGUAAUACACUCGCGAUCGCCGAGCAUAACAUCGCGCACGGCAGAUGUCUGAGCCAGGCCUCGCCCCCCCCUCCAAGACGCACGCGAGUAUUAGGAGCAGCAUCAGCGGACAACAGCAACACCAACAGCAGCAGCAACAACAACAGCAGCAACAGCAACUGAUGUCGGCUGAGAGCGGCUACAAAGAAAACAGCGAACAACAACAGCAGCAUAACAAACAACAGUGAGCAACAGGUACAGCGAACAACAACAGCAAACAACAAGCAUAAUUUUCUGCUAUAGAUAACAAAAUACGAAAACAAACAAAUAUAACAAACAACAACAGCAAACAACAGGCAGCAACUCAACACCAACAACAACAACAACUAGGACAACGACGAAGGACGAUUGACGACAGCAGCAAGUGUCUACAUUUAAGUUAAUUCAGUUCUCAAAGUAAGCACAACAAACAACAACAACAACAACAAACACCAACUACAACUACAACUACAACAAACAACAAUCAUAAUUAAGCAAAUAAGAAAAAUGAAACCCAAAAAAAGAAAAACACAAAGUAAUUAAAUUUGUAAGCAGGCUCGUAGUUAUACCGAAAACAAACAAACACCAAUCGAAACAAAUCAAUUGAAUUGCAUCCAAAUACCUUAACCGUUAACCUUAGUAAAAAACAAUUCACAAUUGGCCUAUUUAACUAAUUAUAUACUAAUAGAUGCAAUCCAAUGAAUUCUCAUCAUCGUAACUUAAGCGACAUAAUAUAACAUACAACACACACUUCACACACAGCCACAAAAAUAUUAACAAAUAUUCAAUUUCAAUUCUCGUUAAGAAGCUACAACUUUAUAGUUUUCUUUUUUAUUGCUAAUCCAAUCCAUAACAAAAGAAAAGUGCGAAUAUAACUACAGAAGAAGUGAGCAAAGCAAAAGCAAAAGAGCAACGGCAUAGCAUAUUCCAUAAACAUAAAAACAUAAACAUAAUUAAACUACAAUUAAUAAUCGAUUACUCAAAAUAAUGAAGAAAUGAAGUCAAACACCAAUUUGCAUGGAUUACGUAAAUAGUAUUUUGUACAUUGACAUUUUACACACAUUUGAACAUUCAAAAUGAUGUUGAUUACCAACCGUGUCUGAAGAACUGCCAUAAAAAGCAAUACGAAAAAUAAAAUACUAAUGAGAAAUAUCACAAUAUAGCGAAAAACAUUCGAGAACAUUUCACGCACAAAACAAAAAGAAAACAUAACAGACACUAACGACUUAGCGAGUGUUUGUCAACUCAACAACAACAACAACAACUACAACUAUAACAAGAAAUUACAUAAUAUCGAAAUAUAUAGUAUACCUUACAGAGUUUUCAUUUGCAGCUAAAUUUCAAAUCGAUUCCCAAUUUCGAAUUUCGAAUUUCGGCGUGCCUAUCGAGUCAUUAAACAUUAUAGCAAUAUGUUGAAGCGAAUUUAUUCCUUUUUGUAUUUUUUAUUUGUCUGGAUCAAUCGAAACACUGAGACACCCACACAUGUUAGAUUAUGAUACGUUUAUGCGAUGACGUCAUAAACGUAAGUUGAAGAGAGAUUUCUUGGAAUGAAGCGGCGGCAAUUAGCAAUAAGUCAAAAGCAUACAUAACCACAUUUCGAGACACAUGCACCAACUAUACAACAACAAACAAGAAAACAAAGCAAAACAAAAACAACAAAUCCAUAAUAACAAUCAACAGUGCUGACAAACUGUACCGCACUCACAAUCCCCACACUCACACACACAGACACACAAUCGAAAAAUAUACACACACACAAACACACACUCUGAGAGAAACAUUUACAUUGGAGCUGGGGCGCAUGAGCUAAAUAUGUAACGGAACUAAACAGAACAACAACAAAAAACAACAGAAAAAUCGUAAAAUAACAAAAAGUAUAUACUAUAUAUCAAAAUGAUACUGAAACGGAAACCGAAAUGAACAAUGACAUUCAAUUAACUAAAAUAAAAUAGGUAGAACGAGAGAGAGCGAUAGAAAACUCAACGAAGAAACGAAGAAAACUGUGCAAAAUAUCACAUGAGUGAAGUGAGGUCAUUUAAGACCAACAACAACAAAAAGCAAAUGCAAAGGCAAAAGCAAACGCAAAAACAAAAGCAAAGCAAAAGCAAAUACAAUACUGACAAUGUAAGAUGCAAAGCAGAGCAACAAAGGUGCUGAGUUAAAUGUAAACAAUAAAUGAAUGAACAAAUGCAAAAAACCAAAACUUAAAUUUGCUUUCAAAGAAAGCGUGUGAGAGAAGCAAAAACCAAAAAAUUAAAAGAAACAAAACAAAAAAAAAACUUACCAAAAACCCAAAACAAAAAGAAAAACAAUGGAGCACAAAGAGUGUACAAUCGAGAGUUUUAUUUGAUGAACGUGUUCUCUUUUUUAACAACUCAUUCGUCUUUUUCUCAAUCCUUAACUAGCAAACAAGCAAACAAAAUAAACACAAAAAGCUACAACCCAAAACCGAAAAUAUGUAAAGUGCAGUGAAAAGUCAACAAAAUGCAAGCGAAACUUAAGCGAAAACAAAAACCUAAUAAUUGACGAACAAAACUUAAAAUUUUAAAAUAUAUACAUACAUAUAUAUGCGUACAUGUAUAAGUAUAAAUAGUAUUCAAUUAAAUCAAAAACAAAAAAAAAAACCGAAAAAAAAAGAAAAAAAUGCAAUGAAAAAGAAGAUUUUUUGCUUGAUUGCUUUGUGUAGCGAACAAAAACAAAAUUGCUUUUGCAUCGCAUCGCAUUCGCCGCCUUACGUUACGUUUCAUUUCGCUUCGUUUCGUUUCGUUUUGCUUAAAUUUCGCCUCGUUUGAUUUCGCUGCGUUUCGCUUCGCUUUGACUUAGUGUGUAACAUUUUGCUUCAAAAAACUAGCGAAACAUUUUGUGUUAAUUGAUUUUGUAUUAGAUCUUUUUGGUUGUUCUAUUAAUUUGAGAUGCGAUUCCAAGAGGUAAAAAGCAACUAACAAUGGAUGAGUUAACGAGAUGCGAAACUGCAGUUAAUUAUCCAAUAAAAUACAUUUGUAAAAUACAAUAUGAGGUUCCAUUGCGCACUAAACACAUAACUAAGCACAACUCACCCCACACACACACACACACACACUCACUAAUACACACACUCACAAACACACACUAUACACUCACAUGCUUUGCUAUUGCCAACUGAAAUGAAAUGGAAGGGAAACAAAUGAAGGAAGCGCCUCUUUAAGUUCUAUCAAAGAAUAGUAGAAACACACACACACAAAACAUUUGAAACAUACUCGACUUACCUUAUAAAUAGUACAAACCCUAGCGUCAGCUCACUUGCUCUCUCUCUCUCUCUCUGUCUCUCUCCGUCUGUCUCUUAGUCUGUCGCUCUGUCUCUCUUCUGUGUUUCGAGAACAAACGGAAGAAUCACUCACAUACACACACACACACACACGUGCUUUGAACACACUGCCUUCUUCUUCUUCCAAACUGACUUGAACGUGUCUGUAAAAUUGAUCCUACACUUACACACACACACACACACACUACUACACGCAUAGAGAUCAACGAAAUUAUGUAAAAUGAAAUUGAGAGAACGUAGCAAAAACAUUUGAAAUCCACACCCAAGGCAAAGACAAACGUUAAGCUUCAAUACAUUAUUUCAAUUCAAUUGUACGUCAAUUAUUUUCCUUAUUCUCUAAUCGAUCGAAAGACUCUAAUUUGCAAGCCGUAUAAAUGUAUUAUUUCGAUCACAAGCGUAUAACAGUAUUCCAGUAUUUCAGUUUGAAUUUCCAUUUUAGUAUUUGAGCUUCAACUUCCGCAAUCUUUUCCGUUCAUUUUUCGAUUGCAACCUAACCUUAAAAAGCACCGAGUUAAUAUGCAUACAUACAUACAUAUUAUGUAUUGUAUGUGGUAGUAUUUACAUAUAUUAUACAUUAUGGGGACCAGUUUGAGCGUUGCCUUUGUAAUUGAACACGAACAAGUCGAAGUCGAACAACAAGCAAAAACCAACCAAAAACCAAAAAAACAACAAAUCAAAAACCAAAAUCCUUGUUUUUACAUACAUAUUUGUGUACAUAAUAUGUAUAUGCUUAUUGUUUACUCCCCCCGAAGUUUUAAAGGCAAUCUUUUCAUACAUUCAUAUAAAGAGCAUCCAUAUCCCAUCAUGAGGCGAGUUCACGCGUUGCACAGACUGUUUGCUCGUCUCUAUGGAGCAGUGCAACACAGUGCGUAUGCGUGAUAUAGCCUGAACAGUUCCUUCGCUUAUUGAAAUUGAAAUUUGAUCAUUUUUGGUAUCUAUAUAUGUAUAUGUGUAUUCUUAGCGCCUCUUUUGAUUUUGACGCUUUUGACGCAUACUUCUACGUUUCCAGCGAAAAAGGCUCAUUUACCGGUUACUUAACUUAACCUAAUAAUUUCUCCCCCCACUUCACGAAAAAAGAAAAAAAAAGAAAGAAGAACGUAAAUAAUACAACAACGCUUGCCAAUUGCCAAUUGUGUUUAACGACUUGAAUAUAGCUUCAUUAUUAUACAUUUUGUUGGCUGUUUGAAAAAUAAUAUGAAUCCACGAAACGAACUAUGAUAUAAUAACAAACAAAUUGAACACAUUGCUAAACAAUUAACCAACAAAAAAACAAUUAACAAAUAUGCUAAAAAAAAGAAAACUAAUAACAGAAAAUUAAGUUUGAAAUUCCGUACAAAAUGCAUAAGUUAUAACAAAAAAAAAACAUAUAUAUAUCUACUGAGUGCACUGUUAUAAAUGAGGGGCGGGGCGAGAUUAAAUAAAACCAAAAAAAAAAAACAACAAACAAAACAAAAACGAAUACUACAAGUACUAUAAAUAUUAUAAAAAAAAAGAAAACGAAAAAAGAAAUACAUUACAAAAUGACGUUAUAAAAAAAAGAAAAAAACGAGCGUACACAAAUUAAGCUUAUGCGAUUCAAGAACUACAAAUGCGACAAAAACGAAAAAGAAAACCAAGAACAACAAGAAAAAGCAAAGAACUCUUAUAAAAAGAAUUGUAAAAUUACAAUAAUAAUAAAUUCGAAUUAAUAAUACAAUAAUAAUCAUAAAUAACAAAGUUUAGUAUUAAACGAAUAUGACAUAAAUUAUUAAAUGAUUAUCAAAGUAAAACGUGAAAAGGAAAACAAAAAUUACAAGAAAUGGAGAACUAAGUAUUUCAUAUUUUAGCAUAAAUAUUUUUUGUGCCGAGGUUACGUUCGAAGCAACACGCGCAUCAUUGCCAUUAGACGAGAAUAAAUUAAAUAAAUCAAUAAAUAUAUAUAUAUAUAUAGAUAUAUAAUAUAUAUAUAUACAUACAUAUAUAUACGGACAUAUAUGUAUAUAUGUGUAUAUAUAUAUACAUGUAUUGUAUAUAUAUACAAUAUGAACAUGCCUAAAACUGAAUAUGAAGUAUAACUAUUUAUAAUAAAAUACUUAUUGCAUAUUUUGUGCUGCUGAAUGAGGUCACAACGCAACAACAAAACAAAAACAAAAAACCCAAAAAAAAAAAAAAAAAAAAAACAAUAAUGCAAAAUAAAUUUAUUACAAAUCUAGAGCAAUAAAAUCCAUCUGCAUAAACUUAGAAACUUACAUAGUUAUUUGUAAGCGUAGUGUGACCAAUAUUUACCGCCUGCACUGUGUCACUGCACUGUGGCCAUUUGCGCACAGGCGGCAGAAGAGAGUCAACAACAACACACACUCUGACACAAGCUCACUGGUACAACACUUCAACAGUCACACUGCAAACAGACACAGAUCAGUGUACACAGUGCCGGCGCAAAAUAUGUGAACAGGCGCGACAAAAUUAAAGCAACAAAAAAAAACUUAAAAAAAACAACAAAAAUAAAAAAAAAAUUAAUUAAUAAAACCAAAACGACAUAAAAGAAAACAAACAAAAAAAAAAACAAACAUUUUUUUUAGGUACACUUAAAUCAAAGCGUGGAAUAUUAUAUUAGUUAAUUAAAAUAAAUGCUUUUUUGUCAAAUCACUAUAGAAAAAUGAACAAAAAAAAAACAAACUGAAAAAAAAAUACAGAUAAUGAAAUGAACAACAACUUUAGCUUUAUACUCGUACAUUUACAUUUGUAAUAUAUUACAUAAGUCUAGUUAAUUACAUAAAAAAAAAAACAAAUCUAAGAAUGAAAAUCAAACGAAGCAUAGCAAAUUAAUUCAAAGAAAAUAUAUGAAAAAUUAUAUAAAAAAACGAACUGUAAAGAGAAAAAAACAAAAAACAUUUAAAUGUAAUGCAGCCAGUUAUUAUGCAUAGCUAUAAAUAAUAAUACAGCAAAAGAAAAAAAAAACAGAUUAAUAAUGAAAACAAUUGCAAUUAGAUAUUCUAUAUAUAAAAAUUUUACAUUUCGACAUAUUUAUAUAUAUAUUUUGGAAUUUUUCGUUACCUUUGUGGUGUGAUUUAGUUACGAAUAUAUUCUUAUGUUGCUCACACACACACACAUACAUACACGCAUACAUACGUACAUACAUACAUAUACACAGCGAUGCCCAUGCCAAGCAGCUGAGAAAUAAUUACCUAAUUAAUUGAAGCAAGUCAAGCCUAGAGAGCAAGCUAAAAACCAACAACAACAACUACAAGAACUACACAACAACAACAACAAUUAUGAAAGUUGCCAUCCAGCGAAAUAUUUGCAAUUUACAUUCCAUGUGUAUUGAGCGCAUUGAGAAGCAUUCCAAUUCAAACAAACAAACAAAAAUGCGAUAAACGAUUAAAUUAAUUGACGAAAACAGAACAACAGAGAAAAACAAAAUAAAAACAAAAAAACAGACUGAAAAAAUGAAUAAAAUAAAAAUUUAAUAAAAAACUGCAAGAUGUCAAGAGAAAUGCGACAAGCUGCUUUUAAAGAUACAGAUACACACACACACACACACACAUACACCUAAAUCCAAACACACGCACACAUACGCAGUUUAUUAGCAGCAGCAACGGACAGUUUAAUAAACCUAAAGCUAAAAUGAAAUAUAAAUAGCGUCACAAGAAAAUGCUUGGUAAAAUUCAAAUAAUAUCAGAUGAGAAUAUAUAUACAUAAAUAUAUAUAUGAUAUGAUAUGAUAUGAUACGAUAAACAAACGACAAACAAUAAGAAAAAUGUAUUUAUAUUUAUACAUUAUACACAACAAAAACAAGCAAGCAAUGAAUAAUUUAAAUAUAUACAUAUGAAAUUCUUUUCUAAACACUGACAAAAAAACUGAUGAAAAAUCGACAAAAAAAAUGCAAAAAAAAUGAAAUAAAUGAAGAUGAGAGUCACAGGCACCGUUAGCAUAUUUUUUUUAUAUACAAAAUACAAUUUAAGCAAAGAAAAAAAAAAAAAAAAAAAAAAAAAAAAAAAAAAAAAAAGAAAAGAAAAAAAAGAA